AAAGCAGGCCCUUUUAGAUCAUGUGGAAUUCCGUCAAAAGUGACAUUGAGCAGCCACAGAGAGAAAUCAGCUUGGCUGUCUGUCUGACUGAUGCUGUCGUCCAACCUGGGCAUUCGUGUGUUAAACAGCAGAAGAGACUUCGACCUGGUCGGCCUUGUGGAGUGGGAGUCAGAAUAACAAAUCUUCAGGUGAAACAAGUGCCGCUGAUUCAGCUUCCCAGCACAGCAACACCAGGAGUGCAAAUGCGUAUAAAGACCCCUCAGAGUUCUGGAGACCGCCUGAGUCAGUCCAAGUCCAUGGUGCUGCAGGACACUGACCUUCCUCAGAAACCAAUCUCUCGACAUCGCAGAAAUCAAUCUCAACAAAAUGCAGAAGCUGUCGCAUUUGAACCACUGGUGGAUAUGAAGAGUGAACACCUGAAUGUGGCCAAGAUCUCAGAGGGGGGUAAGAAGCAGAGGAAGAACUGGACUUCAAUGUGGACUGUGUUGACCUCAGACCAGCUGCUGUUUUAUAAAGAGAAACAAGAAGCUCAUGUGAAAGCAGGAGGUAAAACAGAUGUGGUUCAACUCUGUGGGGCUGCUAUUGAGUGGACGACAGAGAAAUCCAGCAGGAAAAAUGUCUUCCAGAUUACAACCAACACAGGAAGUGGGUACCUGGUCCAGACGGACAGUUACUCUGCUGCCAGUAAGUGGUACGACGCCAUCAGAAAGACUGUUGACUCAUCAACUAAAGAUGACAGAGGAUUUCCUCUGCGGAGGUCAAACAGCACAGAGUACCUGUCCAGACACAGCUCCUUACCUGGAUAUGGGUCUGCGAUCCCCAGAACCAAGCAGCCAAACCCGGUUCACAGACGCUCCAUCAAUAUGUUCAGCAGCUCGAAGCUGAAACACAGCGCCUCUGACAGUGCCGACAAGAACGGAGUAAAGAACAGACUGAAGAAGUUCAUCAUCAGACGUCCGUCCAUGAAGACCCUACAAGAAAAAGGCCUCAUCAAAGAUCGAGUGUUUGGGUGCCAUCUGUUGACUCUCUGCAAACGAGAAGGAACCACGGUACCAAAGUUCGUCCAGAUCUGUUUGGAUGCUGUUGAGAAGCGAGGUCUGGAGGCCGACGGGAUCUACAGAGUCAGUGGAAAUCUAGCCACAAUCCAGAAACUGCGUUUCAUCAUUGAUCAAGAGGAAGAUCUGGACUUGGACCACAGUCAGUGGGAGGACAUCCAUGUGGUCACUGGAGCCCUGAAGAUGUUUUUCCGUGAGCUUCCGGAACCUCUAUUCCCCUUCAGGUUCUUCCAGCCUUUAGUGGAGGCCAUCAAAACCAAAGAAUCCAAACAGAAAAUUCAGGCUGUGAAGAAACUGAUUCAAGAUCUGCCCAAACCCAACCAUGACACCAUGAAGCUGCUCUUCACCCAUCUGCAACGCGUUUUGGUCUUUUCCAAGAAGAACCUGAUGUCCACUCAAGGUAUUGGUAUUGUAUUCGGCCCAACGCUGAUGUGGCCAGAGCUGGAAGCAGGAAACAUGGCGGUCAACAUGGUAUACCAGAACCAGAUCGUUGAGUAUAUCCUCAUUGAGAGCCAGGAGCUCUUCAACAUGGAUAGGAAGUAACGUGGUUGAUGGACUCAUUUACUCAUCUAAAAACAGCCACAUUUUUCUGUUAUUUCACUGAAGCUGAGUUUUGUUCAGGCUGUGAUGUUAAAUAAAUACUUUUAACUG